CCAAGUGACGUUUGAUUUAGCACAGGGUCUGAGGAUGAGAGAGACAGGAAGAAUUAUAAUAUGCAGUCUGGUCAUACUCAGCCCAGGAAGUUUCCUGCAGAAGGAAAUAAAAGGAGGGGAGGGGGGUUACAUUGGUAGGGCACAGAGCUUCUGCAGACCACAUCAAACUAGACUCAGCGAGUGAUGAGGACUGUGGGUCCUCUGAGAAUAAUUCUACAAACGGUUUGAAAGGUUACAGAACGACCGAUUUUUGAUUUAUUGUUACAAUUAUUAUUAUGUUGGAUUGUGCAAUUCAACCGCAAGCCAACGGCAAAAACUAACUUUGACGGGGUGAGCUGGAAGGAAAUUGCGCAGUAACACCACCACAGAUGACAGCGGUCCUGUAUCCCGGUUUGUGAUGUGAUCGCCGGCUGCGCCAAAGUGGCGCUUUUACGCACGAUGGAAGACCUUUUGCGGGAGCACGACAGCUGGUCUCAGAAUGUUUCUUGGAGCAACUCAAGUCGCGGAAACGAAAGCCACUUAGGAAACGCCACGGUGAACCCUUUGAAACGAAACGAAGAAGUGGCCAAAGUGGAAGUUACCGUCCUGGUCCUGGUGCUGCUGCUCGCUCUGACCGGAAACCUGUAUGUUCUGUGGGCUAUCCACACCACCAAGCACAGCCAGUCCCGAAUGUAUUACUUCAUGAAGCACCUGAGCAUCGCAGAUCUCGUCGUUGCAAUCUUUCAAGUUUUACCGCAACUCAUAUGGGAUAUCACAUUUCGCUUCUAUGGACCGGAUUUAUUGUGCAGGUUGGUCAAAUACCUCCAGGUCGUGGGCAUGUUUGCGUCUACAUAUAUGCUCGUCCUGAUGUCCAUUGACAGGUGCUUAGCAAUUUGCCACCCACUUCGCUCCGUUCACAAGGGAAAAGACCGCCUCUGUGUGAUCGGCUCUUGGACGCUCAGCCUGAUCUUCAGCACCCCUCAAGCGUACAUAUUUUCUCUUAAGGAGGUCGGGAACGGCGUGUACGACUGCUGGGGGGACUUCGUGCAGCCAUGGGGGGCCAAAGCAUACAUCACUUGGAUGAGUUUCAGCAUUUACAUUUUCCCAGUGGCAAUUUUAAUCGUCUGCUAUGGUUUGAUAUGCUUUAAAAUAUGGCAGAAUUUCAAUUUAAAAACCAAAAGGGAGUCCUUCCUGACCCUCACUCCAAGGCCCUCCAAAGGCGCCCAUCCCAUUUCCCGUGUGAGCAGCGUGAGGCUCAUUUCAAAAGCCAAGAUCCGCACAGUGAAAAUGACAUUUGUGGUGGUCCUGGCUUACGUUGUGUGCUGGACACCCUUUUUCUUCGUCCAGAUGUGGUCUGCAUGGGAUCCUGCUGCACCAAGAGAAGACAUGGCGUUCAUCAUUGCCAUGCUGCUGGCCAGUCUCAACAGCUGCUGUAACCCCUGGAUCUACAUGUUCUUUGCUGGUCAUCUGUUUCAUGACCUGAUGCAGUGCUUCCUGUGCUGCUGUAGACAGCACCUGACGGACUCCUCGUACAGCUGUGAUCAGCACUGCAGGCACAAGAGCAGCACUUAUGUCAUCAAGAACACCAGCAGUCAGAGGAGCCUCACUCACACGUCCAGUACAGGGGGAACAUUACAGUGAAAAGUCACCUGAAAGCCUUUCGAGCUUCCUGUGAUCGAGUAUUCUAGAAAACACGCAAGUCCCCAUUUCAGACAGUUAAUAUUCUGCAGCAGCUCCGCUGUGGUCUUUGCAAAAUGAUUGUUUUCAAACAUUUUAAACUCAGACAAACAGACAGUGUAAACCUCCUGUCCAGACAAUAUCCUGUACCUCGUGAUAACACAACGCAGGACAAAAUGCCUUUGUGUCCAAAAUGUGAACAAAAUGGGAUGCAAAGUGAGGCUUCUAUACCGACUCCAGCUGGCAUCAGUUUAAACCUCUAAGGAUGUGGGCUCUUGGCUUUUCCAAAAGACUCUCUUUUCUUUUGGGUUUCCUUUGAACAAGGAUCAAAUCAUAUAUUUCUUUAAUACUGUGGGCCGUAACUCCAUGAUAUGUAUCCCUUAGCUUUCUGUUUCAACACACUACGAGCAUUUACGAAUGUGUUUGCAUACUUCUGUCUGUUAUUUUAAAGUACCCAUAUCGUACUACGUUUUAACAUGUCAGUGUAGAUCUCACAGAAUGUGUCAGAACAGAUCCUCCGUUACCAUACCUAUAAACCCCUGUUUUGUUUUGUUUGUUUGUUUGCUUUAAACCUUGUUUCAAAUGGGAAAUUUCACUGUAUAUAGCUUUAAAUGCUAUUGAGCAGGAGGAAGAAUAUGGCUGGAAUGAAAACACAGGAGCAGUUGUGUUUGAACCAGCUGGGAGUGGAGCUCUAAGGUGCUGAAAACCUGAAUUCAGAUACAGGGACGUUCAUGGUGACAUGUAAACCAAUUCAUUACCCCGAUCAGCAAUAAUAUUAUGACCACUGACAUGUGAGGCGAACGGCACUAGGAAUGUUGUCAUCAUGGCACCUGUCAGUGCGUGGGACAUGUUAGACAACAAGUGAACGGUUUGUCAUCAAGUCCGAAAAGUGGAAACAUUUGAACGACCUUAAGCAGGCCCAGACUGUGGUGACUGAGUCACAGCGUCUCCAAAACAUGCGCAGCCAAGGCUCUCUGUUGCACAUAGUGAGCAAAGACUGGCCAGCGUGGCCAUGACUAAGCUAACGUAGCUCUGACUGCUGGAAAGGUUAAUGCUGGUUGUAAUGUAAAGGUGUCAGAAGAGUGAUUACCAGUGGAACACAUGGAACUAGGAUUCACCAUGGGACAAAGGCAGGCAGUGUGAUGCGUUAUUUAUAUCUCAUUUUUUUGAGGGAGAUUUAUUUUUUCACAAUGUUCCGCUGGUUGACCUUGAGCCCUGCCAUUAAUACCACCACCUAGUAGAGGGUGGACACCGUUUCAUGGAAAUAGAUUCCAUUGUAGUCAGCUUUUUCAGUUGGAUAAUGUGGAAAAAAAUGAAAAAGACUACAAAAAUGAGUUCAAGGUAUUGACUUGGCCUCCAAAUUCCCCAGAUGUCCAAUUGAGCAUCUUUGGCAUGUGCUGAAUAAACAAAUAGAAUCUGUGGACGCCCCACCCAGGAUACUCAAGCACAAGUUCAGGGGUCAAGUGGAGUCCAUGCUUUGAAGCAUGAAGGAAAACUAGAGGAUGUCUGGAUCUAAUGUUAUGGCUGAUCGGCAUUUAUAUAUAUAUAUAUAUAUAAAUACCUGACAUGGUCCAAAAAUGCCACGAUUUGACUUUUAAAGAGAAGUAAUUACCACACUGUAGGGUAGAUGAAAUAGUGUUUGUCAGCCCUGAAGUAAUUUGAAAUUCAGUUUGUAAAUAGUUCACUGCUCCUCGUCUCUGUCUCUGCAUUAGCAUUUUUAUUAAUUCUGUCUCUUCCUUUCUGGGUUGUUGAUUUUUACAGUGUGCAUGGGUUAUCAGAGGACAUUUAAUUUGUCUGGAAUCAAACCAGAAUAAUGGCCUCACCUUGUGGCGAUGUUGGUGAUUGUUGUAACAGUUUCCCGCUCAGUUACUUUAUGAGACGAUACGUCAGGUUAACAUAUGGAGAGGUUAAGUGUCAUUGUCUGAUAAAAGAUGAUGUGCAUUCCUGUCUUAUUAGUUGUGUUUCAAAUUUAAACUCUGUGUAACCUUGCAAGCUGUCAAAGAGCCUCGCAAGAUGUCAGUGGAACAUGUGGCAGUAUCCACAGGAAGCAGCUGCAAGGCGGAGGAUGGGGUUAUAUGGAGUAGAAAAGGUGAGGGCAGAAGUGUCAGCAGCAGAGCUGUCAAUUUAAAAUCUGUCUGUGUUGUUUUGUAAUUUGGGUCACAAGAAAAUUAAAGGAUUGGCUCAAAGCUUAACCUGUCGUUUUUUAUUACUGAAAAGCUAGAACUGACGGCCACGAUUGACACUAAAUAUGUAAAGUACCUGAACCACGGUUAAUUUUAAACAAGAACACACGUUCAUAUUUUCUGCACGCAAAAUGAAAGUAUCCGUU